AUGCACCAGAUGGAUGGGGAGUCGGAAAAACCCGACAAAGGGAAAGUAGUUCCUAAAAAUACAAGAAAGGCAACAUAUGUCCCGUCCGUCAUUACAUCCAAUCAAUGGCGAGAUAUCAUGAAGGCAGCUGAAAAAGAAAAGUUAGAGAAAAAAACUGUCAAAAAGAAGAAAGAGAAAGAAACUGACAAGAAGAAGAAAGGCCCUGAAGAGAAUGAGGUUGUGACUCAGUAUACUGACCUCCAAAAUGUGCAGGGAACUUAUGAUGAUAUUGGAAGCCUUGAACAAAACGAGAUUGCACCACAUGUCUCCGAUGUGCAGAAUGUGCAGCCAGGAAAAGACAUUGGAUUUGAAAAAUCACCUGUACCAUAUUUUACCGAAGAAGAAAGGACGUACUGGGAAAACAAUAAUAAUAUUCUUGAAAGUAGUGAUUCCGAGGAUUACACAGUACAGGAAAAUGAAAACCAAGCUCUUAAUGAUAAUAUCUCGACUGAAGAUCCUAUAACGAAUACUUAUAACGAGCAACAAAUACAUACUAAAUUGGCUACUAAUAGAGACCAGAAUCUAAUUCUAAAUGAUUCUACAAUAAUUGUUAAUAACGACCCAUUACUAUCCUCAAAUACUGGUCCAGAUUCAUGUAUUGUCGCUUUAAAUAAUUUAGACUCUUUCUUGCAAUCACCAGUGAUGUCAUCAAAUAAUGCCCCAAAUUCGUCUAUUGCAUCUUUACUAGAUAUAAAUGGAAUAAAUUCUAUUCCACCUUCGCCUUUAGAUAACGGUACUCCCGGUACUUCUUUAUUGUCAAUACAAAGCCCUCCGUCUAUAACAAGCACUCCCAGAUCAAGAAUUAAUAAUAACGUAAACAAGAAAGAUAAAGGACCCCCAACUUCGUCUAUUGCAUCUUUACUAGAUAUAGAUGGAAUAAAUUCUAUUCCACCUUCGCCUUUAGAUAACGGUACUCCCGGUACUUCUUUAUUGUCAAUACAAAGCCCUCCGUCUGUAGCAAGCACUACCAGAUCAAGAAUUAAUAAUAACGAAAACAAGAAAGAUAAAGGACGAGGUCGUAGAGUCCACAAGGAUCAGUGGAAAGAUGUCAAAAGAAAACUGAAUAGAAAUACUGGUAAAUGUUACUUCAGUAGAGAUGGUACUGAGAGACCAGGUAGAAUUAUAAAAGCGUUUUGUAAUAAAUGUAAAUUCCACUGUCCGCAAAAGUUUACUGAUGAGUUAAGGAAAAAAAUAUUUGAUAGCUUUUGGAGCAUCGGUAAUAAUGUGAGACAGUGGGAUUUUAUUUCCAAAUAUUGUAAGAAAAUUAACAAGCGUAGAAGAACUACAGAACUUCCAUUCCGGAGACAGUACACAAUCACUUAUAGUUUACCCAUUGUAGGUUCUCCUGUCGAUCCAGUACCUGUGUGCAAAGUCAUGUUUUUGAACACGUUAGGCAUUGGCGCUGGUAUGGUUACAACGGCUUUGAAAAAAAUUGAAGAUAGUGGUGGUAUUAUAACAGCUGAUGCCAGAGGUGGGCGUAAUAAUCGCCAAUUAGUGAUAGAUGCUGAAAUGAUCAAGAGCGUGUGUGAUCACGUUAACAAUUUUCAACCAGUAGAAUCGCACUACGUUCGCAGCCGUACUUCCAAACUGUAUUUGGAUGAAUCACUGUCUUACAGCCGUAUGUUUCUUUUAUACAAAGAGUGGGUUGUUGACAACAGCUUAUACUAUAGCAAUCCAGCCAAAACUUUACGUCAAUAUAGGGACAUCGUGAAUACUAAUUUCAACUUAGGUUUUCAUGCCCCACGCAAAGAUCAGUGUGAUGUAUGCCACGUCUACAAAAAUUUACCAAAACCUGUUCCAGAAACUGAAUUCAAAACGUAUACUGACCAUAUAAGAAAUAAGGAAAUAGCCCGAGAGUUAAAAAAUAAAUAUAAAGAGUUAUCCGUUAGAGAUAGUGAUAAAACACUUACUACUACUUAUGAUUUUCAAAAAAUUCAUGGGAUACCACAUGGACAAGCCAGGCUUCAGCUUGAAGACGCCGAAGCCCAGGAGCUAGAAAUGUCGUCUUCGUCGUCGUCUUCUGAUUCAGAGUCAGAUGAAGAAACUAAUACUAUUGUUCCAACUCCGCCUUCUAUGGAAUUUAGUCAAUCAAUAGUGACAAAAGGCGAGACUAUUGGUCUACCGAUGAAACCAGAGUUUUUCCACCACCUGCAUUUGGAACGAGAUUUGGUAUGA